AAUAACAAUAAUUUUUUGUUUUUUUUUCGGGAAAAUAAUUCACAAAUAAAUUAGCAGAGAUCAGAUAUCCUCUCAACCACGUUCUAUAACACAUCACAAAUCGCAAAUCCUCUCCUCCUCUCUCUCUGCUUAAACUCGAUUCGUUCCAGGAGCGGUUUGAUUUGAUCCCGAUCUGCGACAAUGGUGGCGGCUGGAAUCGACAUGGACGAAGGAGCUCUCGAGAUCGGAAUGGAGUACAGAACUGUAUCAGGUGUUGCGGGACCCUUGGUCAUCCUUGAGAAAGUGAAGGGUCCAAAGUACCAGGAGAUUGUUAACAUUCGCUUAGGUGAUGGAUCUAUGAGACGUGGUCAGGUCUUGGAGGUUGAUGGCGAGAAAGCUGUUGUCCAGGUUUUUGAAGGAACAUCUGGAAUUGACAACAAAUUCACCACCGUUCAAUUCACUGGAGAGGUAUUGAAAACACCUGUAUCGCAAGACAUGCUUGGUCGUAUCUUUAACGGCUCUGGAAAGCCUAUUGAUAAUGGCCCUCCUAUUUUGCCUGAGGCGUACCUUGAUAUUUCUGGAAGCUCAAUCAACCCCAGUGAGAGAACCUACCCUGAAGAGAUGAUCCAAACGGGGAUUUCUACCAUUGAUGUCAUGAACUCUAUCGCUCGUGGACAGAAGAUUCCUCUUUUCUCUGCUGCUGGUCUACCUCACAACGAAAUUGCUGCUCAGAUUUGUCGCCAGGCUGGUCUUGUUAAGCGGUUGGAGAAGACUGAGAACCUAAUUGAGGAUCAUGGAGAGGACAAUUUUGCUAUCGUCUUUGCGGCUAUGGGUGUAAACAUGGAGACAGCUCAGUUCUUCAAGCGUGAUUUUGAAGAAAAUGGAUCAAUGGAAAGAGUUACCCUUUUCCUGAACCUGGCAAAUGACCCGACCAUUGAGAGAAUCAUCACUCCUCGAAUUGCCCUCACAACUGCUGAAUACUUGGCUUAUGAAUGUGGGAAGCAUGUGCUUGUUAUAUUGACAGACAUGAGUUCUUAUGCAGAUGCUCUUCGUGAGGUCUCUGCUGCUCGAGAAGAAGUACCUGGAAGACGUGGAUAUCCGGGUUAUAUGUAUACAGAUCUUGCAACUAUUUAUGAGCGUGCAGGGCGUAUUGAAGGAAGAAAGGGUUCCAUUACCCAAAUCCCUAUCCUGACUAUGCCCAAUGAUGACAUCACUCACCCUACUCCGGAUCUUACUGGUUACAUUACUGAGGGUCAGAUAUACAUUGACAGGCAGCUUCACAACAGACAGAUAUAUCCACCCAUCAACGUGCUUCCAUCACUUUCUCGAUUAAUGAAGAGUGCUAUUGGUGAGGGAAUGACUCGCCGUGACCAUUCUGAUGUGUCCAACCAGUUGUACGCAAACUAUGCCAUCGGUAAGGAUGUUCAAGCCAUGAAAGCUGUUGUUGGAGAAGAAGCUCUGUCUUCAGAAGAUCUGCUGUAUUUAGAGUUUCUGGACAAAUUUGAGAGGAAGUUUGUGAUGCAAGGAGCAUACGAUACAAGAAACAUCUUCCAGUCACUUGAUUUGGCAUGGACACUGCUCCGUAUCUUCCCACGUGAGCUUCUUCACCGUAUCCCUGCCAAAACACUUGAUCAGUUCUACAGCCGCGACUCCACUAGCUAAGCCUUUUAAAGGAACCUCCUUGCUGCUCCCUUCUCAUCUUAUUUGGAACUUAAAUCAUCUCGAGAGAAGAAAAAACUCAGAGAUUCGUGAAUUUGGGAUUUAUUCUUUUGCUUCUUUUUUUCACUUGUAUUUACAAUAAAGGCUUGUGUAGGGAGACUUCGUACCAAACCGCUAUUUAUAAGCCUGUUUAUGUUUAUGUUUGUGUUUUUGUCUUCCAAACUGGGUGAAUCAUGUCUUUUUUGCUGCUGUGUAAUAAGGAUCUAUUCCCUAUAUAUAUGUGCCAUCAGUUUAAUAUUUUUCUUA